AUGGGUGUAUGCGCUGCUUUCACCACCGCUGCUGCCAACGUGAAGACCGUCGCUGUGAAGACCGCCGCUGUGAAGACCCUCGCUGUGAAGAGCGCUGCUGUCAUGCGCCCUACUGGUGUGGAGAUUGUUUCUGUGAAGACCCUUGCUGUGAAAGCCCGCGGUUUCAGCAGGAAGGGAAUGCAUGUAUCUGCAGCUGCACCAGCCAAGGCUGCUGCUGUAAGAAGCGUUGCUUUUAAGCCUGCAGCUAUAGCGGCUAAAAGAGCGGCAGGCAAGGCCACACGUGUGACGCCGGCAGGUGCUGUGAAGAGCGCUGCAGUGAAGAUCGUUAAGCCUGCAGCUGCCGCAGCUAAAGCAACGCCAACCAAGGCCACAUGUCUAACGCCAGCAACUGCUAAGAGUGUUGCUGCAAAGAGCAGUCCAGUGGGGUCGGUACCAACAAAGGCAGCAGGAGAGAAGGUAAGGGAGCAGAGCAAUGGGAGGGCAGCACACACGGCGGUGCGUGCAACAACAGGAAAGGCUACGUUGGGAGGGGUGAAGGCAGCAGGAGGACGAGCAGCAGGCGCGCCACACAGCACUCGCAACCCGGCUGCUCCAGCAGCAAUGGCGGCCACUCGCAUUCCCAAGCCACGCCCCGCUGCACCUAGUGGCAUUCCCAAGCCACACAGCAAGGCACCCAAGGGAAGCAGAGAACGGGUGUUGUGGGAGAGGUGGAGGAAUGUGGUCAGCUGGAGGGCGGCCUGUGGGGAGGCUGGUGACUGA